AUGGAUCAGAUAGAUGACGUUUUAAAGGUUUUUGAUUUAAUAUCAAUGGAUAUUGAAGAUAGCAUUUCACAAUCACACAGGUCUCAAACACCAUCAAAGUCAGAAGAUUUGAGUACAUUCAGAAAACACAACCCAUGUUUGACAUUGGAAACAAAAGUAAAUUUAUCAAAGCAACUUUGGUACAAGCUAAACUAUGGUCGAGGAAACAGUCUGAUGACAUUGCAGAAGCAAAAUGAAGGGAGUUUCAUAAUAAGAAAGAUAGAUGAAGACGGCAGAACAGGCUUGGUCUUGUCGUACAGUUGUGGUAGAAACAUUCCGCACAAGAUGAGAAGCAUCAAAGUGGAUGAAAGAGAUGGCUACUACUUCCUCAACGGCUGCAGUUACUUGUUUACAAGUCUUGAACAGCUCGUGGUUCUUCAUGCCAGCCGCCCGGCAUGUUUAAGCUGUGGCUUGAAGCAACUUCACCUACCACCUGCCAUUCAAGCAGCUGAGACAGAACAAGAAAUUGAGAUGAUUGUUGGUAAAUGUGGAGCAACAUCUUAUCAACAAAAUCAACAAAAACUACUUCAUUGUCAUCAACAACAUUAUCAACAACAGCAAAAAUAUCACCAACAGCAACAACAUGGGCAAAUGUUUGUGCAACAGCAUCAACAAUCUCAGCUUCAGCAACCUCAGCUUCAACAGCAUCAGCUUCAACAAAAUCAGCUUCAACAACAAUUAUAUCAUUGCCAACAUAAGCAAUUACAUCAGUCUAACACAUCGUCCCUUGAUUAUUCAUUUUCAUACAAGUCAGUUGAAGACCCGCAUAGCAAAAUUUUAUUUAGAGGAUCUUGUGGUUCCAGUUAUGAAAAUUUCCAACGCUCGAAUAAAGAUUUCAAUGAUCAUGCUGCUAACAACAAAAUUAACUUCAAUAAUGUCUAUGCCAAUGAAACAAUCUACGACAACAUAGGCUCACUGGCUCGCAUCAACAGCAUCAACAACAGCAUAAACAACAGCAACAACUGCAUUAUCAACUUGAAGAAGUACAAGCUGAGGAGCCAGCAUGACCAAUUAACAUCAGCUUCAUCCCCAUUCCUCUCCCUGAUGAACAAUCCAAAUGCACACGUGACCCAACAGACAUUAUCGUCGUCGUCGUCAAACACAUCAUCAAGACACACAAGCCGUGAUAUGUAUCAAGCACACACUCAAAGAGCAUCAUCCAAUAUGGUCAGCACCACCAACAACAACAGAAACUGCAAUAUAUGCAGAGUGGUAUCCAUGGGCAGCAACAAUUCUUCCCAUCACAUGCCAUUCAACAGCCUUCAGCUUGCCAACCGUCUCAAUGGCUUAUCUGCCUCACAAUCAAAUCCAGACACUCUCGAUAAACUCAUCAACCCACUACCAAGUAAUCUCCUAAGCAUUCCUGAAAUAGGAAAUGAUCCGAGUCCUAUAUAUGCUGAACCAUGUGAAGACUCAGAUGAUAAUCUCAGAAAAUACUUAGAAGCAGUUGCUCAAAGGAGUAAAGCAUCAAGUAGCUACUCAAGCAAAACUGUGAGCUCAAACAACACAACUCUUAAUAAGAAGCUGCUGAGCUCAAACAACACAAGCCUUUCAAACAAAGUCGAGAAUGGCUUUUUGAAAGUGAGCACAAAUUACAAAAUACCCUGUGACGUGACUCCAUCUCCAAAGUUCCACCCGCCUCUCAACAUCUCAGACAAAAAUGUCUUUUUCUCGAGCCUUGAUGACAUUUCUGUAGAGGCAGCUAAUGGGCUUGUAUGCAAGGGCAAGAAGGAUGCAGCUGAACAAUCACUUCAGUCAGUUCAGUGUGAACUUGUGGUUGCUCGUAACAUCAAUGCUGAUGUUAACUGUACUGCUGAUUGGUCUAGAGGGUAUAAUAAAAAUUUAGAUUGUAAUAAUGGCACUCGGAGUAAUGCAACUGAUCAUAAUUUUGACAAGAAUGUAGAUGAUGAUAACAUUUCUGACGAUGUUUACAUAGAAGUGGUAGAUAAAUGCCAUGCAAAUUGGGUGAAUGUUCACAAAACAAAUAGUCUUUCUAUGAAGUACCAGCACCAACAGGAUCACCACAAUGAAGUUAAAAAUAAUAGUUACAACCACAACCUUGUUUCAAGUGCUGAAAAAAAAUUUACAUCAAAAAACAACGUUAAGACAACGCCAUUAUUAAGAAAAAACUCCAACACAUGCCGACCAGCUCCCAGUAUUAACAACGGCACCCAGAUGAUUUUACCAAACAAACCUGCAUACACAUUUUCAUCUCCACCUGUUAUAAGUGAGGUUGAUAUCAUUUCUGAGCCUCAUUAUCAGGAUGUUACUUCAGUUUGUGACAAUAGCAACACUACAAUUGCCAAUAGUGACAGCAGUAUUAAGCUAGCAAAUGGUCAUGUUAACAAUCCCAACGGCAACAUAAGCAUCAAUAACAACAACAACAACAUUGAUAACUAUAUUAAUAAUAGGUUAACAAAAUGCACUUAUGAUGACAAAUUAAGUUAUUUGAAUAGUAAAAACACUCGUACCCCAAAUGCGAAUCACGAGACAGAGACAGACUUGGAGGACAAGAGGAGGCAUGAUGCUUACCUGUCAGCUUUGGCGGAUCUUAGAACUAACAGCAGUCACAACUACAACAUAAAGAAUAAUCGUUUCUCAGAAAUAAAUUAUCAUCGGCUGGAGAAUCUGGAAAGUAAAUUCAACAAAACUAUGGCACAUGAUCAAAAACUGCAACAACAAAAUCAACAGCUGCCAGAUGAAACUUCAGCUCUACAUCAACACUGUCAACAAUCUCCACACCAUCCAAAACAACUGCAACAGCUUUUUCACACCUUCAGCCUUCAUGGUUCAGUUGAUCAACGGCUCAGAUUGCAGCUACCCCUUUAUCACCAACAACAGCAACAACAAAAUGUUGAUGUCACCAACAUUAAAAAUGGUAACAAUUUCAAAAAUUACUUAAUCAGUAAAGGCAGCUUCAAUGGUAAUAGCAACCACAUCAAGUUGAGACGAAACAGCUCAGUGAUGGAAGCAAAUACUAGUUACAACAACAUCAUCAACAACAACAACUACCUGAACAACAUCAACAGCGUUCAUUUUGGCACGUACAACGUGGACAACAGCGUGGAUGUCAACUCACAUGUCUCCCACAUAUCAGAAGGAAUCAUCAAGACCUCGACGGAGCAGUCAACAUUUUUUGGUCAGAUAUGUACAGAAUUCAUUCAGUGUACACUGGCAGGCAAGGAAAUCAAUCCUGUCACUGUGGCUAUUCAUGUACGACAAUUCAUGGACGGGAUGAUGAACUACUUGAAGAACUACAAAGAGGCUAACAUAUGGAAGAUCAUUGAGAAUGAAAGGAAUGAGAUGAGGUCAGAGGAGAUAGUGAACAUGGAUUCGAUAUACGAAAGAUCAUUGCUACAGUGCAUACUCAAGCCACUGCACAAACAUAUCAAACUGCUCUACAACACUUAUUAUUAUAGUUUAAAUUGCCAUGCUAUGGAACAACAAAACUUCACUUCCAGCAACAACAAUAACAACAACAACAACAUGAUCUCAAAUGGAACGAAACAGAUGAAGUUGAGUGACGCUAUUGAGAAAGCAUCUGAUAAUAUUCAACUUCUCCAUUUCAAACCCCAACUGGUUGUUCUACUCAAUUCAUCAACGUGUUGGUGCAGGGAUCACUUUGUUAACAUGAACUUCACCUAUUCGCCAAAUGAUAAAGUUCAGCUGCUAAUUGAGGCAUUGAUGUACCUUGAAGAGCAGGUGUCCACACAUUUCUUGGAUUCCUUGCAAUCAUCUCAUCAUUUAAUGGUUGUCGAGUUCAGCUUCUGCCUCAGUUACAUAAUCAUCCAAUGUAACUUUACGAGAGCUGAGAUAGAGGCCGAUUACAUCUCAAGACUUCUUCAGAAGAAAUUGUUCACAGGGCAAACCACUUUCUUUCUCAACGUCUUCAUCUCCGCCAUCAACAUCGUCAAGAAGUACUGGUCCACACAUUCCACUAGUAACACCAACAACAGCAGCAACAACAAUAAUGUCAAUAAUGACAUCAACAACAACGUCAACAACAACAUAGUCACUAAUGGGGGCAACAACGACAGUAACGCUAGCGAAACUGCAUAUGCCGGCCAGAAUGAUGACAAUGCUGGCGGCAAUGAUGCCAGUGAGUACAUCUCGAACAAAUACUUGGAAACAGACUGGUUGAUGGGAGAGUUCGUGACAGUGCACAUGCUGGACGACAGGACGUCCAGCCUCACAAAGUGGUGCCUGCCCGUCAAUGAAAACACCACCGCCCAUGAUAUAUGCAACAUGAUGUCCUACAGACUUCAACUGGCCAACUCGCAAGAGUAUGGACUGUACGUUCUGUCCGGAUCAGAAGAAUACCCUCUCAGAGGCUCAACCUCGAUCAUUCACUCAUCACUGACUUCAUCAUUCUUCCCACUGAAAGCUUCUUCAUCGACAACAUCAUCCUCUUCUUCUUCAUCACCAUCAUCAUUGAGUAGAUCUCUCAUAUUUAAAAAACUCAACAACAAAUAUCUCUGGUCCCAUGCCAAGUAGAUGUCGGAGACGUGAUCAAGGAAGAACAGUUGAAGUGUACCAGUAUCAGAUUAAACAUAUAUCAUCUAGUUAACUUCAGUAUCUUCAUAUCCACCAUCACAUCAUCAUUAACAUCUUCGUUGAGAUUUUCUAGUUAUGUUCAUCAUUAUCGUCGUCAUUGUUAACUAUCAUUAAUGUUUCGUUCACUAACCCUAGAUGCCUAGCGUUUCUUGAUUGACAUCGUCGUGUCCAUUGAAGUAACAGUGCAUUGUUUAAUUUUUAAUUAAUUUGUUUGUACUUUGCCUUAGAGAUACAUAAUAUUUUUAAAUAAAAAAA